AGGAACAGGGCUCUGCUUCUCAGUGUCCCGGUGGUCGCUUCAGGCCCCUUGGAGGGAAAGCUGCCCUCGGUUCCCACCGAUGCCAGACGGUCCACUUCUCCCGUAUGAGUCUGGGUCCCUAGAGACUCGCCCGGAGCCUGAGACUCCCUCCCGAUUGAAGGCGGCAACCGCGCCCUCAGCCGCCAGCCCGCUCCUCCUGCGCCUCUUUACCUUAGUAUUUUGGGUCUGCACCGCCCUCCUCUGAGUCUCGGUAUGUGUUUCUCUAGAGUUUCCCCUCAGCCAGCCUUCCUGUGGUUCUGGAUGAUGUCCUUUCCGUCUCUUGGUUGUAUUUUUGAAGUGGUUGUGCGAGGCAGCAAUCUCCGGUGUUCGCCUAUGCUGCCAUCUCGGUUUCUCCUCCGGUAUAGGUUUAAAGUCCUACAAUGGGCUCCUCUCUGAGGGGCCAUGGCUAGGCCCCGGGGGCAUGGCUGGACUCUUGGGCGGGAUGAGCCAGCUUAAAGCCAGGCUGAGGGGCAGCAGCUGGCUGUUACACUGGAGGCAUGGAGUGCGCUUGCCUCUGUGGCCUGGGCUCUUCGCGGGGACGUCAGUGUCGUCAGGAGUGCCAGGGCCCAGCUGAGAUGGCAGCGGCCGAUGGCAAACCGGCCCUGGCCCCGGCAGAAAAGCACGUGGAGGCGGACGUGGCAGCACGGUGCUGUGCGGAGAGUGGAGGAAUCGCAAGCCCCAUGCCGCCCCCGCACUGCUCGCUGCAGGACCUGCCGGUGGAGAUGCUGGUGGAGAUCUUCGCCUCGCUCCCCAGCACCGACCUGGCCAGCCUGGCCCAGGCCUGCACCAAAUUCCACCACAUCCUGCACACCGACAGCAUCUGGAGACGGCGCUGCCGGGAGGAGUUUGGCAUUCGUGAAAACUUGCAGAACCUGGAGAUGAUCAGUAUGUCUUAUCAAGAAGUCUAUGCGAAGCUGUUCCACCCAUACAGACACAUUUUGGGGUUGUGGCAGCUAGAUCGUGCCUAUAGAACACUGCUGAACGUCGUGGUGGACGGCUUAUGCAUUACUGGUUGGAUGUGCAAGCUUUCCCUUGACACCCAUGUGGAUGGCCCAAUGCAUUUCAAGGCCUCGUUCAGAAUUCGCCUGACGGAGAGGAAAUCAGCCACGGUGGAGUGCAUGGAAGGCCGCCUCAGCAGGCCCCACCACGGCCACAUUCUGAUUGAGAAGGACAGGUUCACCACCCUGUGCAAGAUGACAGACCACCAAGCGGAUUCACUGGCGUGGCUUUGGGGAGGACAGAGUUGGGCGCUGGUGAAGGAGGACAGCCUGACCUACCGCCGCCUCUACCUCCCGCCGAGCCACCCGGACGACCUCAUCAGGCCAGGCCUCUUCCGAGGCAACUGCGAUGCCUUCGGCCUACAGAUUGCCAUGCUCAGCUUCCAUGGGAAGUAUGCCAGGGUCACGAGGGUCACCGGAACAGCCAAGGUGUUAGAGAUCCACCUCAUGCACCGCAUCCAGCUGCGAGAUGGCGAAAUCUUCCGCAACUUCAACGAGCUCUCCCGCGUGGUCGAGGAGAUCGGCAAGCAGGUGAUCCUGGAGCAGCAGCAGCAGCAGCAAGGAGACGGGACUGAGGAAAGCGAGGGCCAUGGCUGGCAGAGCCCUGCCCAGCCCAGCGUGGGGGAGUUCGGGGCUGCAGCUGCGGAGGAGCAGCCUGUCCCGUUUGUUCUGCCAGUGGGCGUGCGCUCAAGAGACCAGAACUACCCCCGAACCUGCAGGAUGUGUUUCUAUGGCGUGGACACUGUUACUGAUACCUUAGGAAGUGGCUUCACCUUCACCUGUCGCUUACCUGGAGUCUUCCUCCUGUUUGAUGAGAACCACUUUGGGUUCAUCUGGCUGAAGGCGAAAUACUUCUUCCUAUACCGCAGAGUCCAGAACACUUUCCAGAAUGUGGAGGCACCAUCCCCACAGGCCUUCCUGGAGAUGCUCAAGAACAUUCAGUCCAUGCCCUAACCGGUUUG